UUGGAGGUCACCAUACCCAAGAAGAUUUUUCAGUGAGAGGCAAGGAGAACCCAAGGACAAGGUUCAAAUUUAUACCUGGAUGGAUGCUACACUUAGAGAGAUGACUGAUCUCGUGAAAGAAGUAUCUCCAGCUGCCAGAAGACGAGAUGCAAAAUUGUCAUUUGCAGUUGUAUAUCCUGAUAAAAAUGGGCGUAUGCAAGUAAAGAAGGUAUAUUCUAAAUACCCUAAGCCAGAUCAUCAUAAUAGUCUGUCUUUGCUUCCAGACUUCCCAUUUCUCAAUUUAGAUCAGUCAGCACAAAGUGGGACUGUCGUUAUUUUUUCAUAAUCACAAACAAAGCAGCAUGAAUCUCAAUGCU